UGUUUUUAUGCCGCUGCCGAAAGCCAUUUUGGAUCACUAGCUCAGACACAAGGGCUCGAACUGAUCCAGGGAAUACUGUGUCUUUCCAUGUACAGCAUACGCAGUGCAAUUGGGGUCUCUGUUUGGAGCUUGUCUGGUCUUGCACUUCGACAGUGUGUUGAACUGGGUUAUCAUCGCAAUACAAGGAAGUUUCGAAGCGGUCAGAGUCUUAUUGUACAACAACUUCAGAGACGUGUAUUUUGGGUGGCUUAUGAUCUCGAUCGCUGCGCUUGCGUUACUCUCGGACGACCAUUCGGCAUCGCAGACUCCGAUAUCGAUGUUGAACUUCCAUUCGAUAUCAAUGAUGAAGCCCUAACUUCACACAGCCUCCUGGAAGCACCGCGCACUAACCCGAGUGACAAACCUACCACUAUGACAGCCUUUCUUCAUCUCACCAAGCUGCGGCGCAUAUGGUCAAGGAUACAAACAGACUUGUAUCCAAGUAAUCCACCCAAGAAUAGCGAAACUACUGUCGAGUCUCGUAUCAUUGCGUUUAGAGAAGAAUUGGACCAUUGGCACCAAAUCAUCCCGCCACCCGUGCCCGUCACAGCAGCACUCUCAACCUUCAGCACAAGCGAGUGGUUCCAUCUAGCCUACAACCACUCCAAGUUAUUACUGUAUCGUCGGAUGUUAACUCCCGACGCUCACGGAGGCAGCUCUUAUCCUCAUAUCGAAUGCUGCACAGCGGCUCGCGAGAUUUGUCUCCUCUACCGGAAGCUCUUUUUGACAAACCCCGUGAGCUACACGUGGGGUGCACUACACAUCCUAUUUCUUGCUGGGCUGACCUAUCUCCACUGUCUGAUAUCUUGCCCCGAUGUUAGAAGGGUUACUAGACAAGACGAUGUUGCACACACUAGCACCUCGUGCACUAUCGUCCUGGUUAUCAUGGCUGAGCGAUGGAAAUGUGCAGCCGCCUACCGUGACACAUUUGAGAUGCUAGCAAAGGCGACCAUGUCCAUGCUUGUCAACGUGGCCCACAAUGCACCGGGGGAGGCGAUUAACAACGUUGAGCAACUCGGCUGGGAGCCGGCCAAAACUCAGAAUGGCUCACUCAUGGGUGAGCUAACUAAUCAGCAAGGAUUGACAGAGCUCCCAGGGUAUAUUGAAGAUAUCGAACGCGUCGGGAUGUGUUUUGGAACAGAGGAGUUGUUGACGCAGUUCUUGGGUCAAGAUGACUAA